UAUCGCCCACUUUUUGUGCACGUUUUCGUGAUUGCUUUCACACUUCCCCUUUCCAGCAACAUUUUGCUUACUCCAUAUCCACUAUAAGCAGUAUAAAUAGCCUCGACCUUCUUUACACAAGCAAAAGCAAUUUUCGACAAGAUGAAGGAAAGUGCGGUUACCGAUGACGGAGUACGGAUAUGUUCCACGAAAUCGAACACGAUGCAACUGAGUCUGACAAGCGAUAUGAGGCGUCAGAAGACUGCUGUGAAAUACAACAAACUGUUACGAGAUAUAGCUAUUCUCACCCUAGAAAAUGGCAUGUUUCAACGGUAUAUUGACAGAGUUGGUUUAUCGAAGUUUGUUUUCAGAAGUUCUGGAGGUUCUGUUUCGAGUAGCAUACGUGCAAUGUCAAGGAUAAUAUGUCACUGGUCUGAAGCAUCCUCUUUUGGCGCAUCAGGGAAAGUAGUACGACUGAACGCUGAAAGAAAGUGCCAGAUAGCCAAAGAAGAACAAUUAGAAUUUCGGAAGUACUUCAGUCUUUUACGCGAAAAGUCCGAAGGUCUCAUUGACGAAACUCGAGACAUAUGCCUCCACAACAUGACACUAGAAAACAGAUCUCUCACAGAGCUGCGCGAUAAACUCCUCCGUCAUCUUGAUGGCCCCGGUCAAAGGAACACCGUAACAGCCAUUGAUAUUUCCGAGAUAAAAGUUCGAUGGCAAGCCGCAUUACAAGAAUUUAAGCGGCUCAAUCUCCAAUGCAUACAAGCCAAGCGCAUUUUUAGCAAGUGUACACGCAAGCUUGAUAUGGAAAUGUGUAAGCUAAAAGAAGUCGUUAAUGCAUCGGCAGAAGUUUCGGCUCGGGCAAACCGUAGAGUUAGAACGAGUAACAAAUUGAUUGCUCGUAUCGACGGCUAUCAAGAUAAUUCGCAGCUCGAUAACUGGCGAAUUCGUCGACUGAAAAGUCUGAUAGCCUGGUUCAACGUGCCAAAGCUGGAUGAUUUCAUCGUUUCCGUGAAGGAAAAUGAGAAAGUCCAUAGGCAGUUGGCUACAGAAAACAGGAAAAUGCGAUUAGCAAAAACUGAAGUGAAUGUUGGGUUUGCGUAUACCGAAAGAAGUGUGCAUACCCACCCAUAUGUACGCUUCAUACCUGAAAAAUGUAAAGUGCUUCUACAAGACUGA